ACACGUCGGUUUAUUAAUUAGACUAGCGGAGAGAGGCGGAGAGAGACGCCGAGGAUGCAGAUGAAGUGAGGGCGCAGCAUCCACCGGUCGCCACCAUCUUCUCCCUGCAGGACGUCGCGUGUCGCCGCUUCAUUUCCCCCCUUGAGGAUCUGAUACCGGCUGUAAUCUGAGCCUGCAUGCCUGCAAAACCCCCAAGACCCCCCUCCUCCCUCCUCCCUCCUCUGCUCUGCUCUCCAUUCUGCGAUGCAUGGACUGCCAAUGCGUCACACUCGUUCGUUCCGCAGGCGCGUCGCGACCUUCUCGUCUCAUGUUUAGAUGAUGAAAUUUGCUGUGAAAAUGCGGCGUCACGCUCCUCACUCCUGCACAUCACAUGGACUCUGUAGCCUUCAUGGUUUCUGUUAAAGGCGGCAGUAAACCCGCGGUUUGCGCGUCCUUGUUCGCCUCUCCGGCCUUUUGUAUUUCUGCGUUCCCGUUCGCCGCUCAUGCGUCGCCGCUUCCGCGUCACCGCAUGCGCUCCUCCUCCCCACAUGGACUCUGAAAGCUACGUGAAGCGCGCGUCGUCUCCGCGUCUACGCCCUCGCUCUGCCGCUGAUGCGGUGCGCCUGGGUGAUCGCUAUCUCCUCGUCCUGGCCGGUCAGUGAUCCUCUGGUCCGGGGGGGCAGGUGUCCGCAGAGAGGCAGGAUGGUGCGGAUCGCCAGCGCGCUGGGGCUCGUCAUGUUCAGCGUGGCGCUGCUCAUCCUGUCGCUCAUCAGCUACGUGUCCAUCAAGAAGGACUUUCUGCUCAGCACCCCCAGAUAUGGACCUAAUGGAGGACCCAGGAUGUCCAUGUUCCACGCAGGGUUUCGCGAGAGGCCGCCUCGCAAACCUGACCUGAGCUCCCAGCUGGCGUUGAAGUAUCUGGAUCCAGCUUUCACCCCUCUGACCAACGCUCUCAGCGAGGACCUGCAGAACUCUUCCAGAUGGACCUACAACAGCUCUGCUUUUCUACAGCUAAAAAAGGAGAUCGCUCAAUACAUCGACAUCCCCCAUAACUUUACAUUGAUAAGAGACUCAGUCCGAAUUGGACAGCUGAUGCACUACGACUACUCCAGCCACAAGUAUGUCUUCUCUAUCGGCGAGAACUUCCGCUCACUCCUCCCGGAGGCCUCACCGAUCCUCAACAAGCACUACAAUGUCUGUGCCGUGGUCGGCAACAGCGGCAUCCUCACCGGCUCGCGAUGUGGACCCCAGAUCGAGAAGUUUGACUACGUCUUCCGCUGCAACUUUGCACCAACUGAGAUCUUCAAGAAGGACGUUGGACGGCGGACCAACAUGACCACCUUCAACCCCAGCAUCCUGGAGAAAUACUACAACAAUUUACUGACUGUGCAGGACAGGAACAACUUCUUCCUGAGCCUGAAGAAGCUAGAUGGCGCCAUCCUGUGGAUCCCGGCGUUUUUCUUCCACACGUCAGCCACAGUGACGAGGACGCUGGUCGACUUCUUUGUGGAACAUCGAGGUCAGCUGAAGGUCCAGCUGGCCUGGCCCGGAAACAUCAUGCAGUAUAUUAACAGCUACUGGAAAACCAAGCAGCUGUCGCCGAAGCGCCUGAGUACCGGCAUCCUGAUGUACACGCUGGCGUCCUCCAUGUGCGACCAGAUCCACCUGUACGGCUUCUGGCCCUUCGGCUGGGACCCCAACACGGGAAAGGAGCUGCCGUACCACUACUACGACAAGAAGGGCACCAAGUUUACCACCAAAUGGCAGGAGUCCCAUCAGCUGCCCGCUGAGUUCAAACUCCUCUACAAGAUGCAUACAGAGGGCCUGCUGAAGCUCUCCCUCUCCCACUGUGCUUAGGGCUCAAACAGAAACAGGAGCAGUGCUCCUUCAAACCCCUCUAAUGCCUCCACAGUUGUUGAAAUGACGAGGCAGACAAAGGAACAUCUUGGCUGUGAGGCUGAGUGGGUGCAAUGGGUUCUUAAACUGUUUCCAGCCCAAAAGCCCCGCUUGACAAAUCGUUUGUACAAACCGCAACAGCUCAAGAGACAAAGAGUCUAUUUGUUUUCUACUGCUCCAGAAUUUCAAAGGCGAAAAAGGACCACAGUUUUGGAAAAGAUGGCUGCAGCUGGACUUUUCGGCAGCUUUGCUUUCCAGCAGAAUAUCACAACCUUGAAUUGCUUCAUGGUGUUUUUAUCACUCAUCGCUCUGAGGACUACAACUACAAAACAGCAGGCUGACUGUAAAAACUACAAAAGCGCUGUGUUAAAAAGAAGCCAGAUCUCCAUGUGACCAACAGUUCGGGAGGACGCCCUGGCAAAACAAGUUGAAACUGGCUCAAUAAUUUAAUCAUUUAAUGCGGGAUCACAAAACAACUAAUCUGAUAUGUUAAAAAUGCACAAUGGACCACAUGUAGGAAGCGAUAAACUAACAAAUUUAUUGUCAUUAUUUUGAUCGUACCUCUUGAUUUCUCGCAUUUACCAGUGUUUUUUUUUAUUUAUUUUUGCUCAUAUCUUAGGCAGGAGGACAUUUUUUUCACUCUGACCAAGAUGAAAAAAAAAAACAUCUUUUCAUAGCCCGCAAAUUGCUUGUCCAAUGCAAAGAAACAUACGGUUUUAAUUUGAGGAAGAUUUAAAAAAUUGCAUGAAUACCAUAUACUCAAAUUUAGAUGAUUACAUAUGAGUAUAUGUUUUAUCUGGGUUUUUGAUUGUCCUACAAUGCCAGAACUGACUCACAUUCAAAAUCACAUUGGUUUAAGUUUAUUGAAUGUACGUCAACUUCACUACCCACCAAGUCAUUCUUAUUAAGGCCUUUUUUUGGUGCCAUCUCUGCUCUUGGGGAUGAGUAUUUGCACACGGCACAAAACCUGCCCUUAUAUGGUGUUUCUAGGGGGCAUUACCUAUGCUAAAAGACAUUUAUGAUGAUGCAGGAUUGAUCAUUCAGCACACCUGGGUUUAGAUAAUUAGGACGGAAUUUCUUUCUUUCUUUUCACAGAGAAAAUGAAAGAGAAAUGUAAGAGAAUGUUGCAGCUUAAGGCCCGUUGCUCAUAGAUUCCAUGAUAGAGAAAAAGAAUCACCGUGAUAACUUUCCCGUGUUGUAAAAUCUCAUAUUGUCCUAAACUACUGAGCAGUGUUGCAUCUGAUAAGCCUUCAAACUCAUGAAUCAAUUGCUCGUACUGGAAAUUCCGUUAGUACAAGCAACAUGCACCCACCAAAACAGGCCCUCCCAUUGGUUUUAGUGCUGCCAUAAAACAGAAAUAUGGUUUGAAGUAGUAGUAACCUGAACAUAGGCCAGAGCCACAGCUUUCAAGUUCUACUGGCUUGAUUCUCUGAAUAUGUACAAUCACAAGCUGUGUGACUUGGGACCAUAAGGUAAACUUGAAGAAGUUGACAUUAAUCAACAGGACUAGAUUGGACGACCCCCACAUGCUCUCACUCAAUGUAUGGACAAUUUGAUUAACAUUACCUGAGGUGAAGUAGCCUGAUAGAGAUACCAAGCGUAAGAAGAAACUCCUGAAUGUUCAUGUACAAGACUUGAAAUACAAAGUUAUGUGUAGAAUGCAAAUUGAUUUACAAGAGAAAUCACCAGCAAGUAUCCUCCUAUUUACACAAUUUCUGAUCAACUGAUGACUCUGAUCAUUAGGUGGAUAUGACAAGCCUACAGACAUAUAAUAUAUCCAUAACGUCAACAGGAAAUACUUUAUUUACCCCAAUAACACAAGCAUUUUAGCAUAAAGGUAUACAAUCUCAAGUAGCCCUUUUCAACCAAGCCGGUUCCCGCCGGUGCCCAAUCGCAAACCUGUUCUAUGGUUUUUGACCCCUAUAUCGUAGUACCGGCCCUCUGCCAGGAAAACUGGUUCCACAAUGGCACCAACUCUCUGCUGGUCUUGAACCGUGAACCGCUUAUGUCAGGGCCUGGAGGCGGGGCUAUCUGACCAACAAGAGUAACUUGGUGCCGUUGAGAGAGACCAACUAAAAUAUGUAUUCAUUAUUUGAUUUGUUUAACUGCAAUGUUAUUGAUACAGGCUAGCGGGCUAACACUAGCGGGCUAUUGCUAGCGUGCUAACGUUAGCGGGCUAUCGAUAGUGGGCUAGCUUAGCUUACAACAAAGUCCAUCAUUAGCAUUUUACGUUCAGUGUAAAUUAGAUUGUAUUGGGCGUCCACAGUGAUCCAGAUAAUCAGCACAGAUGUGUUGUAGAGACACAGACUUUUUCUGAAAAUGGGUCCUAUGUUCCCCAUGUUUGAGGGGUUAUGGUUAUGGUUAGGGUUAGGGCUUAGGGGUUAAGGUAGGGUUAGGGUUAGCUCGAGACCUGCAGGUUGGCCACCCCUGAUCUAAUCUUUCCUCGUCUAGGCUUAUUUGCAUAUGCGUGUCAAACAGCCGUAGGCCUACAUAGGUCUAUUUGCCAUGAAAUUUGGCAGUAAUGGUGGAAAAAGUAACAGACCGGGGAACAUAGGACCCUUUUUGGGAAAAGUGGGCAAAUAAUGGUCCUAUGUUCCCCAGUCAAAGAGGGGAACAUAGACACGCUCCCCUUUCCGAGAGGGCGGAGACAUAUACAGACGUAAAUGGUAACGUAAUGACGUGGCUCUAGUGAACAGGUUCAGAGCUGGUUUGCACAUAAACCAAUUGCAAAUCGGUCAGGCUCUAAUUAAUAUAUAAUUGCCUUAUUAAGUUUUUACAGCUAAAGUGUGAACAAGUUUCUGAUGAAAACCUCCAGCAGACACAAAGCAACAUCAUGAUCAUACGAGUUGUUUUUGUGUCCACUUCAUGAAUGUACACUCUCUUUUAGCUCUGUUUUUGGUCUCCACCAGCUCCUGAGAGAAAUAUAUGGUUCUUCAGCUGCUAAAUGUUCCACUUUCUUCACCGGGAGGGGUUAACUUAGUCUGUCUGCCAAUUAAAACAAUAAAUAGGAUUCAGCAGAAGCUCUCUAAACUAUCAGAGCUGAGGCUUUUUAAUAUCAUAUACACUUUCACACUUCACCACAAUAAACAGUUAGCACAACCAUAAUCUGUAAGGACACAAGUUAGAGGCAGACUGUGUCCAUGAGACGUCUUUAACGGUCAGAGAAGCACAAAGAGGGACAUGAAGUAACAUCUUGUCACUCAGUACCACAGCAGAGGCACCACAAAUGAACAUAAAGUCCACAAUGUAGUUUGGGAUUGGGCUGUGGGUUUAAAGUGACAGCUCUUCUUAGCCAGCACUAUGCAACUUAUCAGGAAGAUUCCCUUUCAAGCCACUAUGCUGCCAUUUCUUCCUUCUGUGUCCUGGUUAUUUAUUUGUAUUCCCUUCAUGUUUGAGUAUUUUUAAAACAUAUGAUCAGGAUGAAAGUUAUGUGUUAGAACUCACAGAUUGGCUACAUAAUAAGCACGAUAUUUCCGCUGUUGGUACUAAAUGUUCACACUUUCAAAAAAAUAUUGGAUGAACCCUCCAUCAAUCGGCAUCUGCGCCACGAUGGUGGUUGUUCUAAAUCAACCGCUUCAAACUGUUACUUGAAGCCUGAGAAGAUGGAUGUGUGAUCUUGCGUUCUCCAAUUCUCACAUGAUCAAGUGAAUGCUGCUGUGACAGUUAAAGGGAUACUUGGCUGGGAAUUUAAAUUUACCCUGAUUGUUAAUCAAAGGACUGUCGAUAAUUCAAAUCAGAAAUAGUUUCCUUUAACCAAUAAAUAGGACAUACACUGGACAAUAACCCUAUGUACUGAUGGGACAAUGUGAGAAACUGGUUAAGAAACAAAUACAAAAGAUCUUGAUUGAUUCUCACGUUGUUGGCAUUUUCAUUUGAUUUUAAAAUUUCAAACACGAGACAUGUUGACCUAUAUCUGAACCCAUCGGCUGACAACGACUUUACCUCUGCGGGAUAAUAGUCAUUAAAGAUCAGCGUAUCAGCCCCACCACACGAUUUUAUCCCAAUACUUGAGUCACGAUACGAUAUUAUUGCGAUUUUAAGCAUUUUGCGAUUGCGAUACAACAUAAUCUGAUUAAACUGUUUAACUGCAUUUUGUGUCCACAAAAUUAAAUUAAAUCAAAAAUUGUUUUGUCCAAUAAGAGAAAAUUCUCAGUCUGUUCAUCUCACUUCAGUCUUUUUAUUUCUCCACAAUGAGAGUCAAACCCACAGACUGACCAACAAAGUAUUCAGUCAAACUGAACUGAACUGAUAUCAAACAUGUAUGGACGACAACAACUGCAGCAUUUUAUCAAACUUUCAAAAACAACAAGCUUCACUGCAUACAAAAAAUAAAUCCAGCUUUGCAGCGUUAUUUCGAUAUACUUCCUGACAAGAUAUCCUGACGCCUACAGAUUCUUUAGAUCUGAGCCCGCUAUGGCCUCCAGAAAAAAGAAAAACGGCAAAAAUACUAACGUGCCAGAACGAUAAACAUUGAUACUUGGCGGCCAUGAAUCGAUAUAAUAUUGCCACGCAAAAUAGAAAAAUAAAUACUAUGCUGUAUCGAUUUUUUCCCCCACCUCUUAUGGUCAUGGCUUUGUCUUUCAUGCACCGCUCAUUGUUUUGAGACAUGAAUAUGCAGCUGGUGUUAAGAGACAACAUCUACGCCCAGAUGGUUUCUCUGCACAUGAAUGAAAAAAAAGCCAAUGUGUGGUCAAAAAUAGGCUACAAACAAAAAAAUCUUGUCCCAUUACCUACAGAUUCAUAUUCAUGCAUUAGGUUGAUGAUUCUGGUAUGGGGAUCCCUCCUUUGUUCUUCUUUUAUUUAAUUUCCCCCAUUAAAGAUUUUUUCCGUAAUUGAGGGAAUUGAAGGUCAGAGGGAAUCGUAUGCUGUACAGACUUUAAAGCCCUUUGAGGUACAUUUGUGAUUUGUGAUUUUGGGGUAUAUAAAUGAAAAUUGAAUUAAAUAUGUCGUUAGAGAGAUUGGUGUGAGACAAGAGGAUUUUAGAUAAUUUAAAUAAUUAAAACAAGAAUGCCACAUGCUCUCACAGCCAUGAAUUCCAAGUGUACAUAUUAACUACAAAUGUUUUGUGUCAUAUCAUAUGGCAGCGCUUCAGUUCACAGAAGUAGCGACUGCAAUUUUUAUCAAAUAAUGAAACGUUAUUUUGGGAUUGGAUUACAUUUUGGCUAAAGAAAGGUUUAAGUUUUCUUUAACCCCAGUGUUUUGUGGUAUGGAUGUUUUUCAUAUUAAUUAGUGUUAAUGAUUUGAAGUUCUUAGUGAUGUUUUGGUCCCCUGUGCUUUUUUUAAUGUGAGAACCGAUAUUUCUGUUGCUACAUCUCUUUUUAUCAUAUCCAGUAAUAUCCAUACAUACAUACUGUCAUCUGAAUUUUACAUCUGAGCAUUCUCCUCAAACAUACAUAUACAAUUUCAGAAUUUUAUUUUGAAAAGUCUGUCAAACCUCCAGGCCACAGAGCCCUGACAAAAGAGAAAAGGUGAAUUUUUCACACAUGAAACACCAUCUUACAUGUUAUAAAUUCACUCAUUUAUUUUUAGUCGUAUCAAAUGUGAUUUAUCAUAGAUACAUGUGCUGUCUUUUCAUGUUUUAACAUAUUUGCUGCAGUGUGUUGAUGAGACAACAGAAACAAGGGACUAUUUUUGUAAUCUGCAGCUGAACUUUAGCUGGUUCACCUCUUGUUUGUUGUUUUUCUUCGUCUCCGGUUUCAUUCUCCAAUGAGACAUCUAUGACUUGAAACACGACUUUUUCAGGACUUUGACAAAAAGAUUGUUGGCAUGAAGGUUAAACUUGAUGUUUAAUAAUAGUAAUAAUGUUAUUUUUUUGACUUUAGCAUAUUACAGACUCUUACAGAUAAUAAUAUGAUGUAAAUGUAUUUUAUUUUUGUCUUCUUUUUGCCACCUUUUAUUUUUGUAAUAUAAAGUAUCAGUCAGUAUCAGGUAACAUUUUUCCAGAAUGUAUUUUUGAAUGAUAUUAAUGAGGAUGGCUCCAUUCAUAUCGACAUUUCUGCAGAGAUCACUCUAUGAAAGGUAAUAUAUACUAGAACCACAUAUGCUGUAGAUUUACAAAUAUGUUUUAUUCAUCCAAUACUUGAAGAAAAAUAUAUCUACUCUGUAUUUAUUUAAUCAUUUAGUCAUUAAAAUGAAUGAAAUGAUCAAUUUGACAAA